CUCAGGUGUGCUGAGGGCCUCGGUAGCUCACCUGCUAAAGUGUUUGGUGGGUGUGCGGCAGCCUCUGUCCACGUGAUCUGCACCGGAGGUGGCAGGCGUAGGCCGGACUCGGGGAGACCCAGGGCACCUAGAGAUGGACUCAGUGGCCUUUGAGGAUGUGGCUGUGAAGUUCACUCUGGAGGAGUGGUCUUUACUGGAUCCUUCACAGAAGAAACUCUACAGAGAUGUGAUGAGGGAAACCUUCAGGAACCUGGCCUCCAUAGGUAAAAGAUGGGAAGAACAUGACAUUGAAGAUCAGUACAAAAACCAGAGGAGAAAAUUAAGAAAUCCAAUGGUAGAGAAAUUCUGUGAAAGUAAAGAGGUUAGUCAUUAUGGAGAAAACUUCAGCCUUAUUUCAAAUCUCAGUCUGAACAAAAAAACCACCAGAGUGAAACAACACGAAUGCAGAGUAUGUGGAAAAGUCUUUGUAUUUCAGUCAUUGCUUAGUAAGCACUACAGAUGUCACACUGGACAAAAAACAUAUGAAUUUCAAAAAGAUGCAAAGAAGCCAUAUAAAUGUAAAGAAUGUGAUAAAGCCUUUAGUUAUCUAAACUGGUUGGAAAAACAUGAAAGAACCCACAAUGGAGGAAAUCCUUAUGAAUGUAAAAUAUGUGGUAAAGUCUUCAGGUCUUCCAGAAAUGUUAAAGUACACAGAAUAACGCACACUGGAGAGAAACCCUAUGAAUGUAAAAUAUGCAGUAUAGCAUUUAGUUAUCUCAGUAAUCUUCGAAGACAUGGAAGAACUCACACUGGAGAGAAACCUUAUGAAUGUAAAAUAUGUGCUAAAGUCUACAGAGACCACUGGUCUUUUCAAAUACAUGAAAGAGUUCAUACUGGAGAGAAGCCCUAUGAAUGUAAGAAAUGUGGUAAAGCCUACAUAUCUUACAGGUCCUUAAAGAGACACAAAAGUUCUCACACUGCAGAGAAAUCGCAUAAAUGUAAAAUUUGUAGCACAGCAUUUUGGUAUCCAAGUGAACUUCGAAGACAUGAAAGAAGUCACACUGGAGAGAAACCCUAUGAAUGUAAAAUAUGUAGCAUAGCAUUUAGGUAUCUCGGUGAUCUUCGAAUACAUGGAAGAACUCACACUGGAGAGAAACCCUAUAAGUGUAAAAUAUGUAGCAAAGCAUUCACUUAUUCCAGUUCACUUCCAAAACAUAAAAAAGUACAUGCUGGAGAGAAACUCUAUGAAUGUAAAAAUGUAGUAAAGCCGACAAGCAUCACCGUUCCUUAAAAGCCCAGGAAAGUGCUCACACUGGAGAGAAACCCUAUGAAUGUAAACAGUGUGGCAGUCUAUAGGUAGCACUGUUCCCAAAAAACUCAUGGAAGCAUUCAACCACAGGGAAGCCCAUAAAUGUAAAAUACGUAGUGAAGCGUUGAAGUGUCUUGGUUAUAUCUGAAGACAGGAGACAACUCACCCUGGAAAGAAAUGCUUUGAAUAUAAAGAGUGUGGCAUAGCCUACAGAUAUCAAAGUUUCUUAUCAAGACACAAAAGGACUCGUACUGGAGAGAAACCCUGUGAAUAUAUGCAAUGCGAUAAAGCCUACACAGAUCCCAGUUCCUUACAAAGACACCAAAGAGCUCAUACUGGAGAGAGACCCUGUGAAUGAAAACAAUGUGGAAAAGUCUACAGAGAUCCCAGUUUGUUACAAAGACCUGAAAGAGCUCAUACUAGAGAGAAACCCUGUGAAUAUAAGAAAGGUAGAAAGCCUUUAUUGAGAUCACACAAACUUUUGAAGACACAUGACAGUGCACACUGAAGAAAAAUUAUAGAAAUGUGCAGAAUUUGGGAAACGCUUCAGUUAUAAUAGAUUCUAUCAAAAGCAUGAAAGGACUCACUAGAUUAAUAUUCUUGAAUGUAUACAGUAUGGGAAAGACUUGAAUUGAUCCACAUUCUUACAUGUGAAAACUCCCGCACAAAAAUAAACGUGUUAACAUGAGAAAGCUUGAUGCAAAUUAAUCCUAUAUAAUAAAGAGCUAAUAUGGAAAUGGUCGUCGCGCCAUCAUGCUGGGGG